AUAUGAUAUGGCAACAUGUCUCCCUGUACUAUUAACCAUGCUCUAAUUGGAAGACGAGGGCCCCUUCCGAGGAACAGAAAGCGAACAGUCUCCGCCGUAGUAUCCGGUUCACUGCCUGCUGCCUCCGACCUGCGACUCUCCGUCGUCUGGGCGUACGCCGCUCCGGGAGGUGGCGCGAAAAUGACGCAGGUGGCGGCGGUAUCGGCCGACAUCGUCCUCCACAACGCGUUUGUCGUCACCAUGGACGGCGCCCUCACGGUCCUCCGGGACGGCGCCAUCGCCGUCGUGGGCGACCGCAUCGCCGCCGUGGGCCCUUCGGCGGACGUCCUUGGCGCCUUCCCCGGCGCCGCGCAGACCCUCAACCUCGGGGGUCGUAUCCUCCUUCCCGGGUUUGUGAACACCCACGUGCACACGUCGCAGCAGCUGGCGCGGGGGAUCGCCGACGACGUCGACCUGAUGACGUGGCUGCACGGGAGGAUCUGGCCCUAUGAAUCUCACAUGACGGAGGAGGACUCCUACGCCUCCACACUCCUCUGCGGCAUCGAGCUCAUCCGAUCUGGGGUAACAUGCUUUGCCGAAGCAGGUGGGCAGUAUGUUUCAGAAAUGGCACGGGCGGUGGAAUUGCUGGGAUUGCGUGCAUGCUUGACAAAGUCAACAAUGGACUGUGGUGAUGGGUUACCUCCAAACUGGAGUUCUUGUUCUACCGACGACUGCAUUCAGUCACAGAAGGAUCUAUAUGAAAAGCAUCAUAACACAGCUGAUGGGCGAAUCAGGAUAUGGUUUGGGUUGAGACAGAUCAUGAAUGCGACAGAUCGGUUACUGCUUGAAACAAGGGAUGCUGCACAGGAACUGAAUACUGGAAUCCAUAUGCAUAUUGCGGAAAUACCAUAUGAAAAUCAGCUUGUAAUGCGGAUGAAGAAAAUUGAUCAUGGGACAGUUACAUAUUUAGAGAAAAUUGAUUUUCUGAGGAGUAAUUUGCUGGCUGCCCAUUCUGUUUGGUUGAAUGAGUCUGAGAUAAGUCAUUUUUCAAACGCUGGUGUCAAGGUUUCUCAUUGCCCAGCAUCUGCCAUGAGAAUGUUGGGGUUUGCUCCUAUUAGGGAAAUGCUGGAUUCUGGUGUUUGUGUCUCUCUCGGUACCGAUGGAGCACCAAGCAAUAACAGAAUGAGCAUUGUUGAUGAGAUGUACCUAGCCUCCCUUAUUAACAAAGGGCGUGAGGCCUAUAUCAGUGGUACAACAAACCCAACCGUGUUUCCUUCUGAGACUCUGCUGACGAUGGCUACUAUUAAUGGUGCAAAAGCGGUUCUGUGGGAUAAUGAAAUAGGCUCUCUGGAGGUUGGCAAAAAGGCGGACCUGAUUGUGGUGAAUCCAUUUAAGUGGUCCAUGCUUCCGUUACAUGACAGCAUUGCCAACAUUGUUUAUUGCAUGCGGUCAGAAAAUAUCGAAUCUGUUAUGUGCAAUGGCCAAUGGAUUAUGAAGGAUCAGAAGAUUAUGAAUGUAAAUGAGGAGGAGGUAAUUUCUUCAGCAGUAAAGAGAGCAACUGCCCUCCUAGCGCGAGCUGGCAUCAAUCUCCCUGAAAGGAUGAACUACUUGUGAUUUUAUCAUGCUAGUUCUUCUCCCCGAAACUUUCGGUCCAAUGAUCAAGCUGAAUAUGGAGCUCAUGCAUAACCUUUCGUGGGGUUAUUCAAUGCUUGUUCUUCUCCCGGAAACUGCUAUUUUUGCACUUUUAAGCGAGGUUAAUUGCUCGUUUGAGAAGGAAUAAGUCGACGAUUAAUUUGGGUGGAGGACUAGCAUGCAUAAUCUUCAAUCCAAUGAUAAAACUGAAGAUGGAGCUCAAUCUUCAAGUGAAGAAUCUCAAGCUCCAUUGUAGGACCCUCAAGUCCAAGGUGGAACUCAAGCUCCAAGUGAAGAAAACAAGUUCCAUGUAAUAUCAAGAUUCUGAUCAAGCUCCGCCGCUGCCCCCCAAUAGUUCAUACUAGCGGCCUCGGUGCCAUUGUUUGCUUAGUUGUGACUUGUCCGGUUGCUGCUUUUGUUCGAAAAAUUAAGGUGACUUUGUGGUUCAGGUCCGUGUCGAGAUUUAGUAUAAAAAUCCUGAUAGUAUCUGGGCAUAUUAACAACUCAACAUGAAGCAUGCAUGAUCCCAGUCUGCAUGUUCUGAACGUAUUGGUAUCAAUGCAUAUUAGUAUUAGCAGGCU